AUGACUGACAAAGACGAGUCUUCUGUUACCUUGAUAAGUAAGUUAGAUGCUAGUGAUCCGUUGUACUUGCAUGCUAGUGACUCUAGUAGUCUGUCCAUAGUUAAUAUCAAAUUAAAGGGAACUGAGAAUUAUGUGGAAUGGUCCAAUGCUAUGAAACUUGCUUUGAUGGCUAAGAACAAGUUAGGCUUUGUUGAUGGAACAUGUGCUAAGUCCGAGUCUAAUGAUACCUUGGCUAGACAGUGGGAUAGAUGCAAUUCAGUAGUGUUAACCUGGAUUCUGAACUCUGUUUCCGAUGAAUUGUACGUUGGUCAAGUUUAUUCAAAAUUGGCUUCUGAAGUUUGGAAUGAUUUAAAGGAAACAUAUGACAAGGUUGAUGGUUCUGUGGUUUUUAGGUUGUAUCAGAAAAUUAAUUUUGUUAGUCAAAAUGGUUCUAGUGUGUCUGAAUAUUAUCAUAGAAUUAAUACUAUGUGGAAACAAUUCGAUGCUAUGCUUCAGUUACCAUCUUGUACCUGUGAUGCGUCUACCAAGUUCAAUGAGUUUAACCAAUUAAUAAAACUUAUGCAAUUUUUGAUGGGAUUAGAUGAUGUUUACCAACAUGUUAGAACCAAUCUGUUAACCAGAGACCCUCUUCCGUCAGUUAAAACUGCUUUUUCUAUAAUAUCUAGGGAAGAGUCACAUAGAGGUUCAAACAGUAUUUCUAAAACUCCUAAUGUGGGAUUUGUUGCUAAAACUAAUCAGUUUAGUGAUAACAAAAAGAGGUUUAAUAACGGCCCUAAUCCCAAUUUGAAAUGCACUCAUUGUAACAAGAUUGGUCAUGUGAUUGAUAAAUGUUUUGAGCUUCAUGGUUAUCCAUCGAGUUAUAGAUCCAAACCUGGUCAAUCUUCAAGAUUGCUGGGUGAAAGUAGAUUGGAUGAUGUUCCUAAGUCUAAUAUGGGAGUUAAACAUCCAAAUGGAACUGAUGCUAAAGUUACUCAAAUUGGAUGCUUUAAAUUGUCUGAAAAUGUAAUUUUAAAAGAUGUGUUCGUUGUACCAGAAUAUUGUGUUAAUCUUAUUUCAGUCUAUAAGCUUGCUAAAGAUAAUAAGCUUAAAGUUGUGUUUGAUGAAAAUAACUGUUAUAUCCAGGAUGUGUGCUUAAAGAAAAACCCGGUGACUGGUAGACAAACUAAUGGUCUUUAUUUCUGUGGUAAUACUUAUGAUUCUUUUGAAGCAAAGGUUAAAAUUUUUAGAAGCGAUAAUGGUACUGAGUUUGUAAAUGCCCAGAUGGAUACUUUUGUUAAAAGUCAUGGCAUCAUACACCAAACCUCUUGUACCUAUACACCUCAACAAAAUGGGGUAGUUGAGAGAAAGCAUAGAUACUUGUUAAAUGUUGCUAGAACUUUAUUGUUUCAAUCUGGUGUUCCUUUAAAGUUUUGGUCUGAAUGUGUGCUUACUGCCUCAUAUCUGAUUAACAGGACUCCUUCUUCUGUUCUAGAUGGUAAAACUCCUGAUGUAAAUCCCGAUGAUGAUGAGAAGGGAGUUAUUGAUUCAACUACUGUGACUCAGCAACACAGUAGCUCUGAUGAAUCAACAAAUGUUGAUGAUACACAACAACCGUCAGAGAAUGAUGGUAUGGCUAUAAAUCAACAUCUGAAUGAGUCACAAAGUAGUCAUGUGAGGGUUUAG